AUGAAGCAAUUCGAAUGGAACCGCAACAGCGGCUCCUCCUGGAGCUGGUUUGGGAAUGCUUCGGGAGCGCGGGAGAAACAGACUGGGAAGACUGUCGACAGAUAUCAUGCUCUGGGCACGGGCGAUUAUGUUCUGGCAAACUGUGUUUCGUACAGAUAUGACUUUCGAGGUCCCAGCAUGACCAUCAAAGCUGCCUGUUCAUCCUCCCUGACUGCACUUCAUGAAGCAUGCCAGGCACUAGCCUCUGGAGCUUGUUCAUCGGCCAUAGUUGCUGGAAGUAAUCUUAUCAUGUCGCCAACCAUGACAACAAGCCUAUCGGAUAAUAUGGUGUUGUCCCCAAGUGGUGUUUGUCGGACGUUCGACGCCAAAGCUGACGGCUAUGGCCGAGGUGAAGCGAUCAAUGUGCUGUACAUAAAGCGCCUAAGCAGUGCAAAGCAGGCAAAUGACCCUAUAAGGGCAGUCAUUCGAUCAACUGCUGUGAACUAUGAUGGGAAAACAGCAAAUAUAUCUGCCCCAUCCGUUCAGUCCCAAGAGAGUCUUAUUCGAAAUGCAUAUCAAAAGGCUGGGUUCAACGAUCUUUCGGUUACUGCCUUCUUUGAGUGUCAUGGUACUGGAACGGUAGCAGACGAUGCAGCCGAGACAACAGCAAUUGACAAUUGCUUCAAGCCGGAUGGGGUCAUUAUUGGCGCGCUUAAACCCAACUUUGGCCAUUCAGAGGGUGCAUCGGGUAUCACGAGUCUCAUCAAAGCUAUCCUAAUCCAGUUUAACCGUCCCUUUAGAGCCCAUGAAAUGGCCGCCGAUCGACGCCAAAGGGUUAGUAUCAAUGGGUUCGGCAUAGGUGGUGCAAACGCCCAUGUCAUAUUGGAUUCUGCAGCGGAUGUCUGUGGCAACUUCCAGGAUUCGCAAACUUCCGAGUCAGUAACCGGAGUGAAGCUGCUUGUGGUCUCAGCUCAAGGCUCAAAGAGUCUGGAGAGUCGCAUUAAGCAGACAGCAUUUGUCUCACCGAGCAUUCUGUGUGGUUUCCUCACAAACCCCCUUACGAUCUUCGAUGUUUCAGAAAUCCUGCACUCAAGUCUCACCUCAGCUUUCAUUCGUUUUUACUGGUCAAGGAUCCCAGUGGGCGGAGCUCUCAAAGGUCUUGGGGAUCCACCAUCAUGGUCUCUUCAGGAGGAGCUGUGCCGGACAAGCGACUCACGCGUUGAUGAAGCGGAAGUCUGUCAGCCACUCUGUACUGCCAUUCAGAUAGGACUUGUCAACCUUCUUGCGUCCUGGGGAGUGCAGCCAGCUGCUGUAGUUGGACACUCCAGCGGUGAAAUUGCAGCUGCUUAUGCAGCAGGCGCUAUCUCGGAGAAGUCGGCUAUAAUACUCGCAUAUUAUCGCGGCAAGCUGGCCAAACAACAAAUGGGUCUGGGAGAAAUGGCAAGUAUCGGCCUCUCUAGCGAAGAGGUAACUUCAUAUCUCGAAGACGGAGUGGUAAUCGCAUGCAGGAAUAGUCCUCAAAGUGUCACUCUAUCCGGUGAAACAAGUAAAAUCGACAUUAUAGUGGAGAGGAUUAGAAAUGAUAUUCCUGAUAUCUUUUGCAGAAAGCUUGGGCUCAAGAUCGCAUAUCACUCGCAACAAAUGAAGUGCCUGGGGCCCCUUUAUGAGGCCUCUAUAACAGGUCACUUGCAAAUAAACUUUCAUAUGCUGCCGAUGCUGUCCAGUGUCACUAAGGCUAUGGUGAUGGACCCUCAGGAGCUUGGCGCGGCCUACUGGAGAAGGAACCUUGAGUCUCCCGUUCUUUUUAAUGAUGCAGUGAGCAAUCUGCUAAAGGAAGACAAGGCCCAUAUACUACUCGAAAUAAGUCCCCAUUCUGCAUUGUCAGGUCCUCUAAAGCAGAUAUUUCGUAGCCACAGCCUGAAGCAUGGCCCACUCUAUAUUCCCACCUUGAAACGCUGCGAUGAUACUAGCUUCGAUGCUAGAUGUGAAGUUCAGCUCUUGUCCGCGCUAGGCUUGAUCCACAGCAACGGGGCCAUUGUUGACCUGAUGUCAGUGAACGGUAGGGGGCAAGUCGUGACAGACCUCCCGCCGUAUCCCUGGCAACAUGGUACACGAUACUGGAAUGAAAGCCGUUUGGUGAGAGACUGGAGGUUGAGCAGUAUGCCACCUCAUGAACUGCUCGGCUCACGGUGUCCCGAGUCUACAGAUCUUGAACCUUCGUGGCGGAACAUCGUUGGCACUGGGAGCAACCCAUGGCUUGCUGACCAUAUCCUCCGUGGUCAUGUAGUGUUUCCUGCAGCUGGUUACAUCGCUAUGGCAGGUGAAGCAGUCCGGCAGCUCAACCCAGGCACUGAGGGGUUUACUGCGAAGAACGUUCUAUUCAAGAGCCCUCUGGUCAUAGAUGAGACGGGAAGCGUGGAGAUUAUCACGUCUCUCAAUCCAGUUGCCUUCAAUGAUGUGAUGAAUUCAGAAUGGUACUCUUUUGUAAUAGCAAGCCACGAUGGCAGUGUUUGGACGGAGGUCUGCAGCGGUCAAGUCCAGGCAGGAGUCGAGGAUGAGCCUUCCCAUAUUAAAAUCCCACGUUAUGCGCGCCAAGUUUCUCCUGAAAAAUGGUAUGGGGCUCUGUCAGAUCUUGGGCUCUCUUAUGGUCCCCAGUUUCGCGGUUUACAGAAUAUUUCUGCCGACCCGUUAGGUGGAAGAGCCUCAGCCAGUGUGAACCUAGUGAAGCAAUAUGAGAGCCAUUACUUUGUCCACCCAACUAUGCUUGAUCAAUGUCUUCAGCUCAUGAGCGUCGCAGGUGCAGCGGGACUUCGCCGAUGCAUUAUCAAGAGUGCCAUUCCCUCUUCCAUUGAGCACCUGCUCGUCAGGAGCGUUGGCGAAUACAUGGACGUUAAUGUGGAAGUCAAACAGGAAACUGGUAACUACCUAGCAGGGGAUGCAACUGCUAUGUUCGAAGACAAAGUCGUACUUUCCAUGAAGGUAGAGGAUGAAGUUUUGAAGGGCUUAGAAAUAUGUAUCAUGCGAUCCCGUGAUUCGAUCGCCACUGAUCCAGGAACUCAGACAUCAUCAUCCGUCAUAAUUAGACUUAGGUAUACCAGACCACUUUCUGAUACAUCGGUCCGUCUUUUAUGGCAUAGUCAAGACGUUCGAUUUGCACCUUACGCAAACAUCGAUUUAUCCUCUAAGCAGCAACCCAGUGACGCAAGUAGCAACAUCCUUAGAGAUCUAACCCUCCGAGCAGACAGAGACCCAAGUAUCAUGCUCACAGAAGAAUCUCGCAGCCUUAUUAUACAGGAAACCGUUCGCUUGGUUUCCUCGUCCCUCAUCGGAUCGCAAGAUCUCGACGAAGGACAGAAAUGGGAGAUUCCGAUUGAUUCCCUUGCAUCACUCGAAAUCAAGAGCUGGGUGCGGCGGAAUAUGGAUCUCGAUGUCAGUGUGGCUGAGAUUGCUAAAUCACGAACGGUUGGAGGGCUGGCGCUUAUGACUGCAGAUCGCUUGGUAGGGCAUUACAAGGCUAAGCUUGAAAAUCCGAGUAGUGGUGUGCUUGAUGAAGGGACUGCUGUCCCUUCAUCAAGCGAGGUGGUGGACUAG